CCGUACUUUAUGGACGGUUAUGUAGCAGCACUAAUCAGCACUAAUCAGCACCAUGAGAAUGGCUUUAUUUGUAUUUAAUAAUAUAAGGCCUCUUAAAUUCCAUUUGUUUGGCCUUCCAAAAUCAGAAUAUGAUAAAUAUGAAAAACUUAUUACUAUAUUAUUAAAAUUGUUUACAGGAUAAUGGAGGAGAGGUAUCAGUAACUGGAGACUAUCCUGUGAUCAAUUUUUCCAUGCCAGGAUGCUUCCCAAACGAUAAAAUGGUUUUCCAUGUUCGCUAUAUUGAGGAAUGUAUAAAGGAAAAUAGAAUACUAGACCUUGUGGAUUAUAAUAUUUCUGAAGAGAAUGGUUAUGAAGGUUGUGUAUUGUCCAUGCUUCUUUUUAACACUCCACAAUGCAAGCUUGCUAUUACAUCAACACCUUGUACAAUGUUGAUAAACAAUGGUGACUCACAGCAUAAUAAGAGAGAUGAAGACAAGACUAAAUUUUUGAAUAAAGAUGAUAAAUCGUUUAUAACUUCUUCAUACGAGAGAAGAUUAAGAUCAUCAACACCUAGUGCAAUGUUGACGAACAAUGGUGACUCACAGCACAAUAAGAUAGAUGAAGACGAGACUAAAUUUUCGAUUAAAGUCGAUAAAUCGUUUAUAACUUCUUCAUACGAGAGAAGAUUAAGAUCAUCAACACCUAGUGCAAUGUUGACGAACAAUGGUGACUCACAGCACAAUAAGAUAGAUGAAGACGAGACUAAAUUUUCGAUUAAAGUCGAUAAAUCGUUUAUAAUUUCUUCAUACGAGAGAAGAUCAAGAUCAUCAGCACCUAUUGCAAUGUUGACGAACAAUGGUAACUCACAGCAUAAUAAGACAGAUGAUGAUACAGAUGAAGACGAGACUAAAUUUUCGAGUAAAGAUGAUAAAUCGUUUAUAACUUCUUCAUACGAGAGAAGAUCAAGAUCAUCAGCACCUAUUGCAAUGUUGACGAACAAUGGUAACUCACAGCAUAAUAAGACAGAUGAUGAUACAGAUGAAGACGAGACUAAAUUUUCGAGUAAAGAUGAUAAAUCGUUUAUAACUUCUUCAUACGAGAGAAGAUCAGGAUCAUCAACACCUAUUGCAAUGUUGACGAACAAUGGUGACUCACAGCAUAAUAAGACAGAUGAUGAUACAGAUGAAGACGAGACUAAAUUUUCGAGUAAAGAUGAUAAAUCGUUUAUAACUUCUUCAUACGAGAGAAGAUCAGGAUCAUCAACACCUAUUGCAAUGUUGACGAACAAUGGUGACUCACAGCAUAAUAAGACAGAUGAUGAUACAGAUGAAGACGAGACUAAAUUUUCGAUUAAAGAUGAUAAAUCGUUUAUAACUUCUUCAUACGAGAGAAGAUCAAGUGAAGAAAAUGAUUCUUAUAUUACGGAAAAAUUAUACACAGAUUGUAACAUCAGCGAGGAUUCUGAUAUCAAUAACAUAACCGAUGAUAUUUCCGACAAUUAAGAAAACACGAGGACGAGUUUCACUUCCAAAAAAUGUGUAAAUAUAGAACCUGAAGAAAAUUGAUGUAUAUUUAACUGGAAUACAAAACAUUCAUAAAAGUUCCCAUUGAAAUACGUCUCCAACUGGAAGAUAUUAGAUAUAGUAAAUCGGAAUGCAUUGCUAACGUACUAUUUUUUUAUAUUAAACCUAUAUGUUGAUCAUCUGUUUAUCUUUUUUAAUACAAUAUGAAAUGCUGCAUA